CUGAUUCAUCUUUUUCAUCCUAUCAAUUUUGUAGAGUCGUUGAAAUAUAUGCUCAAUUUUAAUGCAGCUUCAAUGAAAGAUGACGAACCACAAUGGAAGCUCCUUAUAUACGAUCGAGUGGGGCAGGAUAUAAUUGCGCCCCUAUUUUCUGUGAAAGAGCUCCGAUCUCUUGGCGUUACUCUGCACUUACUUCUCGACAUAAAACGUGAGCCGAUUCCUGAUGUUCCUGCCCUUUAUUUCGUCUAUCCCUCGGAAAAGAAUAUUAAGCGCAUCUGCCAGGACUUUGAAUCGGAUCUCUACUCUGCCUACUACCUCAAUUUCAUAAGUCCCAUAUCUCGUAGUAAUUUGGAAGCUAUAGCGGAGGCUGCUCUAACAGAAGAUUGUAUUCAGCGAAUCAAAAAGGUUUUUGAUCAAUACACCAGAUUCAUUUGUCUGGAAGAUGACCUCUUUGUGUUGAAUGACCAACCUUCUCUCCAAGAUGCAACUUUCUAUGCUUUGAAUAAACCUUCGUUUACUGAAGAAGAUAUUCAUAAGACAACUGGUUUCAUUGCGGAAAGUCUUUACUCGGUUUUUGCGACCCUCGGGUCGGUUCCAAUCAUUCGAUGUUCAAAAUUCAAUGCUGCUGAAGCGGUAGCAAAGGACUUGGAUGCUCGUUUCAGGGAGGCGUUGCGUGACUCAAGAAAUACGCUUUUCUCCGGAAUGGAACAUCGGAACUUCGGUGAUGCGAAAGGUACCGGAUUUACACCUUUCUCCUUCCAACGACCGCUUCUUAUUGUUCUUGAUCGUGGAUUGGACAUGGCUACUCCUCUACACCACGGCUGGACUUAUCAAAGCCUCUUGCAUGAUGUUGUGGGUAUUCACCUGAACCACGUAGAGAUGGCUGGUCAAAACACUGGGGAAGAGACAGCCGACUCCCGACAAUCUGCCAAAAAGAAGCGCUACGACUUGGCCACAGCCAACGAUCGAAUAUGGCGGUCACAUCGCGCCUCACCCUUUGGAGAUGUUGUUGGAGCUCUUCAGGAAGAGCUUUCUGUCCUGCAGGAUCGUGAAAAGAAACUGGGGGCUCUGAAAGCUUCGGUUGCCGAAGCACAAUCUUUUUCUAUUAAUGGCGGUGACGCGACUUCAGCCCUCACUAGUACCAUCAAUACCCUUCCUCAGUUGAUGGAGCAGAAACGAUGUGUGGAUAUGCAUAUGCACAUUGCAACUUACUUGGCGAAAGAGAUAAAAAAUCGGCAACUUGAUUUGCUUAAUGAUGUGGAGGACAAAUUGAUCACAUUACAAUCUCUACAAGAGCACUCUCUGCCGGAUCUGCUAAAGAUGGAGGCUUUUUCUGGAGAGGACAAAUUGCGUCUCCUUCUAUUGGCAGCUCUCUCCUGCAACGCCUCCUCAUCGUCGUCAUCGGGUGAAGGAGGGGGAUCGAAUGGUGGAAGUGGUGCUGGUGGUGGUAACGGUUCCAUUGUCUUUCACGUCUCCAGCAGCGACCUGAAUCGCUACGGUGAACAACUCAAGUCUGCGCAUCCUGACCUCGAUAUAUCAGCCAUUAAAUACGUCCAAAAACUCAGGAAAAUCGCGAAUUUAACCCAGACGAGUAGCCAGGAUGCGUCGUCGAGUAAGAGCAGUAGUACGGGUCGAAUGAUGCUGAACAAGUUGGUGUACCAUGGACAGGUCAUGUUCAUGGAGGGUAUGCGUGUGCUUUCCGGUCGCAAGUCCUACUUCCCCUUCACGCAAAUUGUCUCCCAACUGGUUGAGAAUAAGACUGAGAUGGAGGACUAUGGCUAUUUCGAUCCGAAACUUCAAAAGAGGCCAAUGGGUGGUGCUGGGUAA